AUGGACAAAGCCAAGCAAGCCGUUUCCAGCUUCGUCUCCAAGGAUGGUCACCACAAGACCACUGUCGACGAGGAUGUCAACAGAGCUGUCACCGAGGAGCAGGUUCGUCCUCAUCGUCAUGAAGAGGUGACCACCGCCGUCGACAGGGAAGUCCACCAAGACCACCACCACACAACGGUCCAGCCUCUCAAGGACCAGCAGGUUCUCCCUGAGAAGCACCAUCACAACGUCAUCCCCGUCGCACACAAGACCUUCGAGCAUGGAAACGAGAAGGAAACCAAGAACACCCUCGACCGCGAGCACGCCAAGUUCAAGGACACCUCCGUCACUCACGACACCACCCACACUUCGACAGCGGCCCCCGUCGUCUCUGGCGAGCGCGUCCACCACCACGUCCAUGAGCACGUCCAGCCCGUCAUCCAGAAGGAGACUAUCCAGCCCCACGUUGUACACACGACCGUCCCGGUCCACGAGACGCACCACGCCAAGCCCGUUCACCACGGCUCUACGACUCUUCCCACAAAAACCCUUGACGAGUUCACGCGUGAGAAGGGCAACCUCGACGGGCCCCGCCACCACAAGUACGACGAGUUCGAUGGGUGCCCCGACAAGAUCAACAAGGGAUUCGCGGACUCUGAGCAUACGGGUGUAGCCGGAACCCACAGCCACUCCCACGGCCAUUCCCACGGAACCGGCACGGGGGUCGCCGGCGCUGCUGCCGCUGGCGGAGCUGCCGUUGCUGCCAACAAGCACCACAACGACAACUCUACCCGAGGUGUUGGGCAGGCCGCCAACACUCACCACACUGUAGGUGACACUUCUGCUACCACCAUCAGCACCACUCAGGGUAUUCUGCAUGGUACUCAUCCCACUGGCGUUCAGAACGAUGGUACUCACGGUACUGCCUCUAUGAACAAGGCCGAGCCCCGCUUCGGUUCUACUGCCACGGGCACCGACGCUACUCACGAUGCUACGGGCAAGAAGAUUUCCCUCGUGGACAAGUUGAACCCCUUCAAGGACGCCGAUGGUGAUGGCCACAAGGGCAUUAUGAGCUAG